GGCACGAGGUGCACGCGUCAGUCCGUCAUGGCCGCGGCCCGGCCGGCAGCCGUGCUGCUGCUCGCCGCCCUGUGUCUGACCGCCGCCGCCGCCACUCGAGACGCCGCCCCGCUGCGUGCCCUCCGCACGGAGGAAGGCAACAUCGACGACCUCAUCUCCAAGAUCCAGCAACUACAACAGCAGAAGAGGCAGCAGACGCCGACCACCCACCGCCCGGAGCCGACCGCGGCGACCACCGGCCACCCGCAGCGUCAGUUCGCUUACUACCCGAGCGACCCCGAGUACCGCGCGCCACGGCCGGUGCCCCUGGCCGCGACCCGCCAUGACCCAACGGGGUCAGCUCAGAAGCAGGGCGCGCCCAGAGCCGCCACGAGGCCAGGAGUACGCCAUGUGCAGGGCGGCGUCCAGACGGCGCACCAGCCCCUGGCGAUGAUGGACAUUGAGUGA